AUGUCGUUCAGCUUGGCCGCGUGCGCGGCGUCGUGCGCCGCGCUGCUGCACCGGCCGCAGCCGUCGUGCACGGCGAUCGGGCGCUCGCCGACACCGCGCAUGCAGGGCGCCGCGGGGGCGCCCAGGGACCGCGGCGCUGAGCGGAAAACUGCAGCGGAGGACGAGCGCGACCUGACGUGGUUUUACGCCUCCGACGACUCUCAAAAGGUCUUCUCGGACUACGAGUGGGAUCCGGACUUCCCCGGCACAUUCAAGCCGGGCCUGAAGCGCGAGAAUUACGACUUUGACGAAGUGGUCGAGAUGUGGAAGGACCGGCCGAACGAGAAUACGCUGCACCUGCCGCUCAAGCCGCCCGAGCGCAUCCUCGACUGGCUUGCGCGCAAGGGGCUGCUCUCUGAGCCGGAGCAGGAGGGGGAGGAGGGCGCGCGCGCGGAGAGUGGGCUGCUCGACGAGGAGUUCGACCUGGACGAGGCAGACGAGGAGGGUGGCGGGAUGGGCGACGCGCCGCUCAUCGACCAGAAGGAGCUCGGCGGCGCGACCAUGUCUGACUUUUUGUAA